AAUAACGGAAUUUUCUUUACUGAAUGUCAAAAUUAAAUUUCAUCUCUAUACGUGUCCAUUUCUAUAAAGAAACGGUCUUUGUGGGACUAAUAUGUUCCUGUGUAUAUGUUUGUGUCGUUGUCAGUGUCAUUGAAAGAGGAAUGCUGAUGGAUAUGAAGCAUUACCAGGUGAUGCUGUUGGAUGAAUAGUGAAGUAAGACGCUCUUUUCGGUUCUUUUUACAAUUGUAAAUCUGACUCCAGAGAAGUCAGCACCUCACCGCACGUCACUGAGUUAAACUAUUAUAACUUUUUAAUAAUCCCUUGGGGCUUCCGUUCUUAUUUACUCAGAAAAGCACUUUCACUUUCAUCAAAUUUACCUCCCGUGCACCGCGACUGUUUUGGAAGGACGCAGCGUCGGCUCUGCCCAGUAUCUGUGGAAACUACGUUCAAACUGGAUUCUGCUCCUCAGGAUUCAUCACCGUCAGCGUCCUCUGCCAAGAGAUGAAGUGGUUUGUCCUCUGUGUAGAGAAGCAUUUGUUGCACCUCUGGCAAGAAUUCUUAACACUGCAGUUCCAAAAAAAACCCUGAAACUCCGCUUUUAAGAGAUGGUCGAGAGAAGUCAACUGAUCUUCUUCCACUGCUGCACUGCCGCCUUCAUCAGGAAACUUCUUUGCUUAUUCAUCUCUGUGAAGGAACAGCGCCUGUGACGUAGAACGGCAGUCACUCUCGCGCCGCACCGAAACAGUGCAUUCUGGGACCGACCCAAGAUGGCUGCGCCCUGUCAGGAGUGCUGAACAAGUGCCUCUCUGGAGAUAUUCUCACAGUUGCGUGGGGUUUCCGCUAUUUCUGUCUCACUGAGUCACCUAGGAGGCUCGCAGACGGUUAGAAGACAACCCCACGAACCCAGUCAUCGACAGUAGCGGCGGGAGCUUGGCGUGGCUGUGGCAGAGUGUCCGUGUGAAGAUGGGCCUCGUCUCCAUCCCCUUCCCAUAGGGAAGGGCGGUGGGGAGAGGAGCCGCAGAUUCCCCUGCAAACACGCGCCGGUCCAGCUCGGGCGGAGAGGAACCCCAGCCCGGAUAGAGAAUCCCACAGCACCGAGGGCACUGAUGAAAAUGGACACGGAUUUGCUCCAUUCGCCGGCCUUGGGCCUGACUGAAGAAGAGGAGGCUGACAUGAACGACUGGAAGCUUCCUCUGGCCUUCAUGAAGAAACGGCACCUGGAAAAGAUUGAGGGCUCCAAGGCGUUGGCACAGAGUUGGAGGAUGAAGGACAGGAUGAAGACCGUCAGUGUGGCCCUGGUGCUGUGCCUCAAUGUCGGCGUUGACCCUCCUGAUGUGGUCAAGACCUCCCCGUGUGCCAGACUGGAAUGUUGGAUAGAUCCUUUAUCGAUGAGUCCACAGAAGGCUCUGGAGACCAUCGGGGCCAACCUCCAGAAGCAGUAUGAAAACUGGCAACCCAGGGCGCGUUACAAACAGAGCCUGGAUCCUACAGUGGACGAGGUGAAAAAACUGUGCACGUCGCUGCGGAGGAACGCCAAGGAGGAACGAGUUCUCUUCCAUUACAAUGGUCACGGAGUACCACGGCCGACAGUCAAUGGAGAAAUCUGGGUCUUCAACAAGAACUACACUCAGUACAUACCUCUGUCCAUCUACGACCUGCAGACCUGGAUGGGGAGCCCCUCCAUCUUUGUCUACGACUGCUCCAACGCCGGGAUCAUCGUCAAAUCCUUCAAACAGUUUGCCCUGCAGAGAGAGCAGGAGCUGGAGGUGGCGGCCAUCAAUCCCAGCCACCCUCUUGCCCAGAUGCCCCUGCCUCCAUCCAUGAAGAACUGCAUUCAGCUGGCCGCCUGUGAGGCCAACGAGCUGUUACCCAUGAACCCCGACCUCCCUGCUGACCUCUUCACUUCCUGUCUCACCACGCCCAUCAAGAUUGCUCUGCGAUGGUUUUGCAUGCAGAAGAGUGCCAAAUUGGUGCCCGGGGUGACGUUAGACCUCAUCGAAAAGAUCCCUGGCAGGCUCAACGACAGACGCACUCCGCUCGGAGAGCUCAACUGGAUCUUCACAGCUAUCACCGAUACCAUCGCCUGGAAUGUGCUGCCGAGAGAUUUGUUCCAGAAGCUGUUUCGUCAGGACCUGCUGGUGGCCAGCUUGUUCCGUAAUUUCCUGUUGGCAGAGAGGAUAAUGAGGUCGUACAACUGUACUCCAGUCAGCAGCCCCCGCCUGCCCCCCACAUACAUGCACGCCAUGUGGCAGGCGUGGGACCUGGCUGUAGAUAUCUGCCUCUCUCAGCUGCCCACCAUCAUCGAGGAGGGCACUGCCUUCAGACAUAGUCCUUUCUUCGCUGAGCAGCUGACGGCCUUUCAGGUUUGGCUGACGAUGGGCGUGGAGAACAGGAACCCCCCCGAGCAGCUUCCUAUUGUACUGCAGGUCCUCCUCAGUCAGGUUCACCGGCUCAGAGCUCUGGAUCUGCUUGGACGGUUUCUGGACCUGGGACCCUGGGCUGUUAGUCUGGCUCUGUCUGUGGGAAUCUUCCCCUACGUGUUGAAGCUGCUGCAGAGUUCAGCCAGAGAACUGAGGCCAAUGCUGGUUUUCAUCUGGGCUAAAAUCCUGGCUGUAGACAGUUCAUGUCAAGCUGACCUGGUCAAAGACAAUGGACACAAGUACUUCUUGUCGGUUUUGGCUGACAGCUACAUGCCAGCAGAACACCGAACGAUGGCCGUCUUCAUAUUAGCUGUUAUUGUCAACAGCUACACCACAGGACAGGAGGCCUGUCUGCAGGGGAACCUCAUAGCCAACUGUCUGGAGCAGCUGUCUGACCCACAUCCUCUGCUGCGCCAGUGGGUGGCCAUAUGUCUGGGCCGCAUCUGGCAGAACUUUGAACCGGCGCGUUGGUGCGGCGUCCGAGACAGUGCCCACGAGAAGCUCUACACCCUGUUGUCGGAUCCUAUUCCUGAGGUGAGGUGUGCAGCCGUCUUUGCUUUAGGGACGUUUGUUGGAAACUCUGCUGAGAGAACAGACCACUCCACCACCAUCGACCACAAUGUGGCCAUGAUGCUGGCCCAGCUCAUCAAUGAUGGCAGCCCUGUGGUCCGCAAGGAGCUGGUGGUAGCACUGAGUCACCUGGUGGUCCAGUAUGAAAGCAACUUCUGCACGGUUGCCCUGCAGUUCAUAGAGGAGGAGAAGAACUACUCUGUGCCAUCACCAGCAAACACUGCAGAACCUGGCAACCUGACACCAGUGAGGGACAGUCCGGCCAUCCCGCGCCUGCGCUCAGUCAACUCCUACACCAACAUCCGAACGGCAACGACGGCCCGCAACAUGAACAAGAGCCUGCAGAACCUCAACCUCAAUGAAGAAGGUGCCCCCACGGCCUUCUCACCUGGUAACCUGAGCAACAGCAGCAGUGCCAGCAGCACCUUGGGGAGUCCUGACAACGACGAGUACAUACUCUCCUUCGAAACCAUCGACAAGAUGCGACGAGUGUCGUCAUACUCCUCCCUCAACUCCCUCAUUGGUGUGUCCUUCAACAGUGUGUACACUCAGAUCUGGAGAGUUCUACUGCACCUGGCUGCUGAUCCGUUUCCUGAGGUGUCGGACCUGGCCAUGAAGGUCCUGAACAGCAUCGCAUACAAGGUAAGAAGUGUUCAUAAAUGUACUUCAGCUUUAAAGGAAUACGUAUACAUCAAUGACAAAACUCCCCUUGAGUGUGUUGUUGAUUUAUAUACCAAUGAAUGUCCUUUAUUUUUCUUUAUUUUUCUUUCUUCCUCCAGUGGAUCUCCCCCGAUGCCCAGCACCAGCAGCUCCAGUUUGACCAACGACGUUCCCAAACCCCCGGCCAGAGAGCAGCCGGCCACGAGACCGCCCUACACCCCAACACUGGGAGGACAGGCACCUCAUUCCCAUCAGUUCCGACCCACACGCAAGAUGUUUGACAAAGGACCCGAGCAGGCCACUGAGGACGGUGACGAUCCUGGUGGUCACAGGAACUACAUCAGUGCGGCGCUGCAGACGGGCCUGUGUGACUGGAGUGCCAAGUACUUUGCUCAGCCGGUGAUGAAGGUGGGUGAAGUGUUUUUACUGCGUCCUCUGUGCAUGUGGCGUGGCUUCACAAAUGACAGCUGUUGUUGCCAUGACAACACACAGCAGCAGCCAACUGGUUCGGUGGUGAACAUGCAUGAAGGCUCACAGAAGAAUUGUCACGUGGAGACGUUUCACCCACCAACCUUCACCUCUCUUCCAGGUGUCUCCCGUCUGGAUGAUCAAAUAUUCAUCAACCGUAACCCCGGAGUACCGUCUGUGGUCAAGUUCCAUCCCUUCAACACCUGCAUCGCUGUGGCCGACAAGGACAGCAUCUGUUUCUGGGACUGGGAGAAAGGUGAGAGGCUGGACUACUUCUACAAUGGAAAUCCACGUUACACUCGCAUCACAGCCAUGGAGUAUCUGAACGGACAUGACUGUUCUCUGCUGCUCACGGCAACAGACGAUGGAGCGUUGAGAGUCUGGAAGAACUUCGCCGACCAGAAGAACCCAGAGAUGGUGACGGCAUGGCAGGGUCUCUCCGACAUGCUGCCCACUACCCGAGGUGCAGGGAUGGUUGUGGACUGGGAGCAGGAGACUGGUCUCCUCAUGACGUCUGGAGAUGUUCGAGUCAUCAGGAUCUGGGACACGGACAGAGAGAUGAAGGUCCAGGACAUCCCGACCGGAGCUGACAGCUGUGUGACCAGUCUGUCAUGUGACUCCCAGCGUUCGCUCAUUGCGGCAGGUCUUGGAGACGGAUCGGUUCGUGUCUUUGACAGGAGGAUGGCUCCGAACGAAAGUCGAGUGAUGACGUACAGAGAGCACGGUGCCUGGGUGGUCAAAGCUCAUCUACAGAAGGAGACAGAUGGUCACGUCAUCAGUGUCAGUGUUAAUGGAGACGUUCGCUUCUACGAUCCCCGGUCACCUGACUCCAUCAACGUGCUGCAGACGGUGAAGGGUCUAACAGCCCUGGACAUCCACCCUCAGGCCAACCUGUUCGCCUGCGGAUCAAUGAACCAGUUCAUAGCGGUUUACAACGCCAAUGGCGACGUGAUCAGCAACAUCAAGUACUACGACGGAUUCAUGGGACAAAGGAUCGGGGCCAUCAGCUGCUUAGCCUUCCAUCCUAACUGGCCACACUUGGCCGUCGGCAGCAACGACUACUACAUGUCCAUCUACUCAGCAGAAAAGCGACUCAGAUAACACAUACACCAGCAUUCACCUCCUCCUCACUGCUCCUCCUCCUCCUCCUCCACCACGUAUGACUCUGACCCCUAGCCUCCAGCUCUGGGAUGUAAAUGAUGACAUUUGUUUUUGUACAUAUGCAAUUAUCACCCUGAAUGUUCUAGUGAUGGCUGCUGACAAAAACUGCUACGACUAUAUUAUUAUUAUUAUUAUUAUUAUUACUAUUACCAUUAUUACGAUUAUUAUCAUCACUGUCCUUACGAUGGAAUCAUACUCUUAUUACGAAGCUAAUGAUUGUAGACGCGGCCCCCGCGGAGGAGUGUGUAUAUUUAAAUAGCCUAUAUACAAAAGAAGAGAGGUUCUAUUUUAGAAGUUCCCACUGACCCUGAGGCUAUGCCUCCCCCCUCCGCCCCCUCCUCCUUCCUCCUCCUCCUCCUCCUCCUCCUCCUGCUCAGCGAGCAUCACUACCUAAACAAACUGUGAGCCUCCCUCCCUCGAAACAAGUACGAAGCUGGAUAGAUGGAUGAAGAGACGGGAGGGUGGAGCGCCCCUCGGUGGACAACACAGUUAAAACACAUAUACUGAUGCAGGAAAACUUUGCUGGACCCUGGCGUGUGUAUAUACGUGUGUGUUUGGAAAUGUGUGUGUGUGUGUGUGUGUUUAUUUUAACGCCCAACUCUCAACCAAAAGACGCAGAGUUUUGCUACUUUUCUGCGUCAGGUUUUUGAGGACACACCCAGAGAUGGACUGGGCUUAGUCUGUCCCUGCAGAGGGGGCACAGAGUGUGUGUGUUUGUGUGUGUGUGUGUGUGUGUGUGUUAUAAUGGAUUAUAGCACAGAUCCGCUCCAACCGUGGGCCAUUCCCACCUUGGACUUGGUGCCUGCUCCCAUCACUUGACCUCUCCUCCUCUUUGCUCCUCCUUCUUCUCCUCCUCUUUAUUGCUUCUUUCACCCCAGUGUGCCAAACAUAAUCGCCUCUCCAUCCUUUUCUGGCUCGAGUGCGUGCAUUUUUUUUUUUUUUUUUUUAAGACUGUUUCUUCCAGUCUAAGAUUUCAUCCUAUAUUUAACACAGAGAGUGAGAGAAGAUCAACGUUUAUCUACGGCAACCUGCUGCCCUGCAGAGCAAUAAAGCUGUCCAGGAUUUAACCUGGAAGCUAAAGAAUCACCAGAGAUCACCUUCAGUAUGAACGGUAACACAUCGUCUUGUGUCCAAGAGCAGCGCCUACAGAGCUGCAGCUGCUAUUGUUGCUUUAGUUUUCAUGCACCUGGAGCUUCACAUGGUGGAACCAUAGACUGUAGGUAGGGGUGGGGAAAACUCUGGAAAUCUAAAGGUAAAUGAGGCUAUGUUUAUGACAUUCCCAAAUGUUCUUCUGGAACAUCGAUGGUCCCUGCUGGAUUAUUUCAGAUCUUCUCCUAACUAAUGGGAUAUUAAGUUUGUAUUCUGAUCCCAUUUAGUUGAAACUAGAAAUUAAAGUAAGGUUGUGGAUGGUACGUAAGAAGCCUGACUAGUGUCAGUAAGGGACUUGACCUGACCUCGUGUUGGAUGUUGGCUUUUCAGCUCAUCCUUGUUCUGUUUUCCUACAAAUGGAGUCGAACUUUGUCUGAAGAAGACGUGUAGCUGGUGGUGAAAACUAAAAAAAAAAAA